CGCUUGCCUUGACGGCACUCCGCGUCAACCGUGGUUUUGGAUUUUGUGUCGUUUCGAAGUUUUUGAGAGAGUGUUUUUCUGCUCCUUUUCUUUUAUAUUUACUCUGAAAGCAAACAAUAAAAACUCAACGUUCUCGUCCUCUGAAAGCAAACAACUUAUUUUCUCUCGUUUUUUAAACCUAAUCCGCCCUCAUUUUGCUCAUCUAAACCCUAGUAUUUGCUAAGUUGACCGUCAUUUCCUGUCAUUUUGUUUUGAUAGGGUUUGUUUUUGAGAGUGAAGGAUCAAGAUUUUGCGUUUCUGUCUCAGAUCGGUUGGUUCCACCGUACUAUCAGGGGAGUUGGCUGUGCGGUUUUAAUUUUGAGCUAUUAACUUUAAGUUUCAUUUGACUUCUGACAUCGAAUAUGGCUGCUGACUCGAAGACAAGCCUUUCUAAUGGCAAUGUCAAUACACAGCCAAAUCCAGAGAGGACUUAUCAAGUUGUUGUCGCUGCAACAAGGGAUAUGGGUAUUGGUAAGGAUGGGAAGUUACCCUGGAGAUUGCCUUCUGAUCUGAAAUUUUUCAAGGAUGUCACUCUGACUACAUCAGAUUCUGGGAAAAAGAAUGCAGUCAUAAUGGGAAGGAAAACAUGGGAAAGUAUUCCUCUUGAGCAUCGACCUUUGACUGGUCGCCUUAAUGUUGUCCUGACUCGAUCUGGGAGUUUUGACAUCGCUACUGCUGAAAAUGUUGUGAUAUGUGGAAGCAUGGGUUCUGCCUUAGAAUUGUUAGCUGCCUCUCCUUAUUGUCUUUCAAUUGAGAAAGUGUUUGUUAUAGGAGGUGGCCAAGUAUUAAGGGAAGCUCUUAAUGCUCCUGGAUGUGAUGCAAUCCACAUUACUGAAAUUGAGACAAACAUUGAUUGUGAUACUUUUAUCCCGCCGAUCGAUCUAGCAGUAUUUCAGCCAUGGUACUCAUCCUUCCCUAUUGUGGAAAACAAGAUUCGACAUUGCUUCACAACUUAUGUCCGGGUUAGAAGCUCUGCGGUUGAAUCCCUUGAUCAAAACAGUGAUUCUGUCCUUGAUAGUAAGACCGAUUCUAUCAAGUUUGAGGUGAAGAAGUUCUCAUUUCUGCCCAAGAUGGUUUUUGAGAGGCAUGAAGAGUACUUGUAUCUAAGGCUUGUUGAGGACAUCAUCUCAGAUGGUAUUCUCAGAAAUGACCGGACAGGGACUGGCACUCUAUCAAAGUUUGGUUGCCAGAUGCGGUUUAAUCUGCGCAAAACUUUUCCACUUCUUACAACCAAGAAAGUAUUUUGGCGAGGUGUUGUUGAAGAACUACUCUGGUUCAUCAGUGGUUCAACAAAUGCCAAGGCUCUUCAGGAGAAGGACAUUCAUAUAUGGGAUGGCAAUGCAUCUAGAGAAUACCUCGAUAGUGUUGGGUUGGCAGACAGAGAGGAGGGUGACCUCGGUCCUGUAUAUGGGUUUCAGUGGAGGCAUUUUGGGGCAAGGUACACUGAUAUGCAUGCUGACUACUCUGGACAAGGCUUUGAUCAGUUACUAGAUGUUAUUGACAAGAUUAAGAAUAAUCCAAAUGAUCGCCGGAUCAUCCUUUCAGCUUGGAAUCCAUCUGAUCUUAAAUUAAUGGCACUUCCACCUUGCCACAUGUUUGCACAGUUCUAUGUAGCCAAUGGGGAGUUAUCAUGUCAAAUGUAUCAGCGCUCUGCUGACAUGGGCCUGGGUGUGCCUUUCAACAUUGCAUCUUAUACUCUUUUGACAUGCAUGAUUGCUCAUGUUUGUGGAAUUUUUGUUAACCUUCUUAAAUAUUGCGUAGAUCUUGCUCCUGGUGAUUUCAUCCUUGUGACUGGUGAUACUCAUGUUUAUCGCACUCAUGUGAGGCCUCUGCAGGAGCAACUUCAGAAACCGCCAAAGCCUUUUCCAAUUUUGAAGAUCAAUCCGGAGAAGAAAAAUAUAGAUUCUUUUGUAGCAGCUGAUUUCAAACUCAUAGGUUAUGAUCCUCACCAGAAAAUUGAAAUGAAAAUGUCAGUGUAGUGCAUUCGGAUAGGUGUUCCAUAAACUUGAAGGACUCUGGUCCCUCCAAGGCAAUAAUUGCCAAGUUUUGAGGCACAGCUGGUGGAGGCAUAUAUUGAUGCGGAGUUUUAUACGCACAUUAAAAUAAAAAAUUGUUAGUUGGAUACACUUUUUAAGUGUUGCUUAUGUAGUAAGUGAGAAUCCUUUUGUUCCACAUAGAGUUGGUGGUUCUAAGGUGAUUUAGGGUUCUUGUAUUUUCGAGCUAUUAAGACUUGUUUUAGCCUUUGUUGUUGGAACUUAUCUGCUAUGGGAAUAUGUAUUUGCUACUAAACUCGAUUUUGCUCUUUUUGGACUAGUUGUUGAAUUUUGUUUUUAUAAAUUCCUUUUUCUUUCUUUGUAUUUUUUAUAACAAAGUUAAAAGUUGAAACUUGUACUUGGAGAAAACGUAAAUGGUAUAAAGGAAGAAGAAAAAGUAAAUUCCUUGCCCUCUAAGGAAGUGCCGUUGAGUGGCAUGAGAAUUUAGACUAAAAUAAUAAAUAGUUGAAAACGAUGAUCGGGAAAUUUGUUGCCUUGGAGGUAGAGAGACAAAUUCAGUCUACUCAGCAACCAUGGUUCAAGUCCCACGAGAGAGAAAGAGAGAGAGAUCUGGGUUAAAACAAAUGAGGUAUUCCAAAAUACCUUCUAUUUUA